AUGCUUUGGUGCACCGAAAAUCUCCAAUUCUUGGGUAUCCAACGCUCAGUGUCCCAUCGGGCAGUAGCGCCUUUACCAACCAAUAUCAACUGGAUAGAUUGGAACUGGUUUGGUGGCGAAUUUGUUAUGGCUUCUCCAACUCCGAGAAGCCUGAAUUCUGAUGAGGUCGCUUGUGCAGUUGAAAACGCAAUGUUGGCUCAGCUUAAUAUCGAAAAGUCCAGACUGCAAGAGAAGUUCAUCUUUACAGAAGAGAAGCAACAGUGA